AUGAGUAAUGAAAUUCUUCGUUCGGGUUUGAUGAAAAAGGAGGGUCAUUUUAUCCACAACAUCAACCAGCGUUAUUUCGAACUGACUUUCGAUGAUCUUACAUACUAUACUUCCAAAGGAGGAGAGCAAAAAGGAAAAAUUUCUAUCGACUCCUUAAUUUCAAUAUCGAGUGACCCAACGUACAAAAUUCAACCAUGUAUGGUUAUAAAACAGAACAAAGGAAAGGAAUUUAAGCUUAUUCCACCUUCUGUUGAAGAAUUUAAUCUUUGGGAGAUUUAUCUCUACAGUAUCAUGAUCCUACGUCGUGGAACUAAAAAUCAAUGGUACAAGGACAAUUUCAAGAAAAUCUUCAACGAUUACAUAUGUAUAACUGAAUUAAUAUGGAGCCAUAAUUCAGCGAAUAUACAGCAAAUUGUCGGCAGAUUACAUGGAUUGAUCCAGCAAGGACUUUACACACGAAAUGAAAUCCUUGAAAUCAUCACUUAUGCCGCAGAAAAAAGGCCAAGAGAAGUUAAAUUCUUUGGAGACUUAACAGAUACGUUCUUGCACUCAGAGGGUUAUAAAAUACCAAUGGAGCACAAGAUCAAUAACUCAAUAUUAAGAAAUGUACUGAUAAUGAAGAACCAAAUUAAAAACAAUCUUCCAGAUGACUUCAAAGACUUGUCUGUAGAAGAAAUCAUGUGCGGAUUCAAACAAUCUGAUUAUCGUUACGCCAUUUUCUACGAUAAAGUCGAUCUUUUCAAGCAAGCAAUGAAAGAAGAUAAAUUUUCAGAUCCAGAGAACUGCUACAAGCUUGCUUGCAAGUAUUCCGCAGUCAAACAUAUUCAACUACUUACUAAAGAACACCAAUUUCGAUGA